AUGGCAGCACCUCGAGCGGCGCCGCGAAUAACGACCAACAGCCUCCCUCUCCCAACCCGAUUGAUCCAGCCGUCGCGGAUACGCUCCUACCUCCUACGUCUUCCGCUCUUUACUCGCCUGAUUCUCGUCGCAAUAGUCGCUUUCUGGCUGCUCGAACUGCAGACCGUCUGGAGCGUGAUAAAAUGGGGUUCGUUAGAGCCCAGUGAAAUCAACCUGGGUAGCAUGUAUAGGCUGAACACAUUUGUCUUGAUACACACGGGGUUCUGGCACAUGUUGAUCAAUACCAUCUGCCUGAUGCCUUUGCUAGAGAGGUUCGAGGCUGAAUUUGGCACAUUGAACAGCAUUGCCUUGUUUAUGGGCCCGCUGGGACAAAUUCCCGCAGUGUUAUAUUUGUUGUUGGACGGUGUCAUCCUCAGAGACAACACGCCCGUCCUCGGGGCAAGUAUAUGGGUAUUCCUCCUUCUUGCGGCCGAGGCAAUCAAAACCUAUCGGGCGAAUCCAUAUCUGGAGAUCGCUGACCAAAAGAUCCCGACUUGGAUAUCACCAUUAGUGAUACUGGUGGUGACAUCCAUAUUGAUUCCCAAUGCUUCCUUCCUUGGACACCUCAGUGGGUGUAUAACAGGAUAUCUGUGGGGCCUGGGCUAUAUUCGUUUCCUCGCACCUCCGGAGAAAGUCCUUCGCUGGAUCGAAGGCAAACUCAAUCUGCUUGGACGACUACCACACUAUGUGUCUGUGGACCAAAAGACUUACGGGCGCUAUGGCGUUCUACCCACUAGUUCGACCAGUGGACCAGAAGGUCAUAUGAGUCCUAUUGGACUUGGUUGGAUGGGCACCAGCAGCAACCUCGUCUCAAGCCUCCGUAAGGACGACCCCCGACUACUUCGAAUCCCGCCGUACUUGUCCCUGCUUUGCAUGCUCGUUGGAAUUGCAUGGAUCCUCCCAUUGCCUUUGCAAGAGUACUCUCGACAAACCUACAUAUCAGAAAACGCGCUCCUUCCUGGCCAGGUCCAUACUUAUUUCGGCGGUAGCGAACAGAAUGUCUUUCGAGCAUAUCGACACGAGUUGGCUACGGUCCUGGAAGAUGCUGCGACGUCUGCCGGCAACGAGACCCUGGGGAAAGCAGAGCAGAGAGCCCGGAAACAGAGGACAAGUGAAAAAUUGGAAGAGCUUUUCCGGAACGCUGGCUUGAAGACUGCGAAGCAACGGUACUCGUAUGUAUCGUCUGGCCAAGUUUACGAGGGAGAGAAUGUCUAUGCUGUUCUACACGCGCCUCGCGGCGACGGAACCGAAGCAAUUGUACUUGUCGCACCACUCAAAAACAUCGACGGCGUCCCAAACGUGAAUGGUGUGCCGCUCCUUAUUUCCCUGUCGCGCUAUUUCAAACGAUGGUCUCUAUGGUCGAAGGACAUUAUAUUCCUGGUCACUCCGGACAGUGUCGCAGGACCUCAAGCAUGGAUUGACGCAUACCACUCGACCCAUGAUUCAUACAGGGUGCAAGACCUGUCGUUGAAGUCUGGUGCACUUCAGGCUGCUGUUUGCAUCGAUUACCCAUUUGAACAUCGCUUCGAGAACCUUCAUAUUGCGUACGACGGCAUCAACGGCGCCCUACCCAACCUGGAUCUGUUCAAUACCGCCGUGUCGAUUGCAUCUGGUCAGAUGGGAAUUGGGACAUCGAUCCAGUUCCAACACACCUAUAGCAAACAUGAGCAGUACAGUUCGUACCCUGUUCGCCUGCAAACGCUCGUCCGCGGAAUGUCAUCCCAAGCCCUCGGCCAUGCGACUGGUCCCCAUUCUACCUUCAUGUCGUAUCAUAUCGAUGCAAUCACCUUGACAGCCACGAACGAGGGCUGGCAGGACGAGAUGGCGUUUGGGAGGACGAUCGAAAGCACGUGCCGAAGUCUCAAUAAUUUACUGGAGAAACUGCACCAGAGCUUCUUCUUCUACCUAUUGAUGCAGUCAAACCGAUUCGUCAGCAUUGGAACGUAUCUCCCAGGUGCGAUGAUCAUGGCUGCUGCUUACACGAUUAUGGCAAUCUACCUUUGGGUGUUGAGUGGCUAUCAAGUCGGCGAGAAAGAAGCAGAGCGCCCGGCGGUCAGCAAGAUGGAGAAUGGGUCCACAAAGACUACAAGCGUUUCGAAAGCGACCAUGUCAUUGCCGAAAGAGUCACCAUCAAAAAUCGAAUUCAAACCAGUCGACAGGCAACUCAUCCUCCCAAUCGCCCUUUUAACAGCGAUACACCUAGCGUCUCUCAUCCCACUUUAUCUUCUUACCUCACUGAGCUUCAGAGCCAUGCCCUCGACAUUUUUCCUGAUAACGGUUGCCCUCCUUGUGCUCCCAAUAGUUCUAGCAUCAGCGCUUACCGAAAUGCCGAACAACACAACCUUACCUGCCUUUUCUGCGCCCACGAAUGAGCAAUACGUUCUCACCAAGUCGCUCAGUCUUUUAAUACUUGGCCUCUUCUUGACAGUCCUAGCGACACUGAAUUUCAGUCUCAGCAUGUUUCUUGGUAUUGUUUGCAUACCAUUGGUCUUUGUGGAUAGAACUCGCUCCAGGCCAGGAUUCUCACUUGUUCAAUAUCUGAUACUUGCCAUCGUGAGUCCAAUGGGGCUCGCAAUUGGAUUGAGCGCGUAUGGCGUCUUGGUCUUGGGACGAGACGAUGUUCUUGUGCAAUGGCUACAGCAGCUCGCUCUGGGUUGGAACAUCUGGGGUAGCUGGGGGGUUCCCGUUGGCAUUCUGUGUAUUUGGUUGCCUGCGUGGGUUGUAGGUGCGACUUUGGUGGCUAGCUCUUGGUUCACAACGACAGAGGCGGUCAAAGAUACUCAAGGCGCCUGGAAGAAGGCGGCAUUGAAAACAUCAUCGUAA